AUGUGGUAUUAUUUGAUACUACUGGCAACAGCCAUAACUUUUGUGGAGUCGACUCAUUUUCAAGGUGGAACAAUAACCUGGAAACCUUUGGAUAAGUCAGCCGUUAAUGGAUCAUCGAUAACUAUAAGAAUAACCCAAACAUACAUGUAUCGUUUUGCAGCAAUAUCAUGCACAAAUGCUGAUAUCGCCUCCCAAACGCAAGUGAAUCUGGCUGGACGUUCAGAUUUUGGUGCUAUGCUAAAUUGUCUUUUGAAUUGCACAACAUCAGGUGGCUAUGUUCCCAUCCCGAUGACCGGCUACUAUACGGAUUGUAGUGCGUCUUUGGGUCUGACAGUUGGACAACGAUCGGAUUUGGUUACACUCUCGGCCAACGCUUAUUUCACGGUAGUAUUUAACUCAAGUUCAUGGCGAACAUUGGCACUAUUCUCCAAUAACGGCGGAAAUGCUUGGAGUAUAACGUGUUUAAUUGAUUUGAGACUAAGGCCAGAUGGUCUCAUAAAUACGCCGCCCGUUGCAACAAUGGUCUCUCCGAUUUUUAUUCCGGUAAACACCACUUACUACAUUGCAAUCCCGACCAUCGAUGCUGAUAACGAUUACGUGAAAUGUCGAUUUGCUUCGGGAACCGAAUGUGCCGAUGUUUGUCCACCAGCUUCGCUUCCAGCCGGUACUACCAUCUUACCGAAUUGCACUUUGAUUAUUACAGGUACUCAUGCCGGUGACUAUUUUGUGGCUGCUCUGCAGGCUGAAGAUUUUCUGGAUACAACUAGCACGACGCCGUUCAGUUCAGUUCCCAUUCAGUUUUUAAUCUACAUUUAUUCCCCACCGACAUGUCCCAUUCCCCCGUUAUUGUACAGCAGUACUGCUGUAGCCGGUUCAUGUGUUGGCGCACAAGUUGGUCAGUCAUUUUCAAUAGAUUUAGUAGCUCAGAAUAAUUGCGAUAAUACGACGACAAUACUUGAUAUCGGGACACAGUCAUUCCCGAUUGUAACAAAAGGAAAUCUAACUCAAAACUCGUCGACCAUUUGGUACAUGGCACUGACGUGGAUCCCAGAAGCUGCCGAAGUCGGAUCACAAGUAUUGUGUGCCGUGGCUAUUGACAGGUACGNUGUUGGCGCACAAGUUGGUCAGUCAUUUUCAAUAGAUUUAGUAGCUCAGAAUAAUUGCGAUAAUACGACGACAAUACUUGAUAUCGGGACACAGUCAUUCCCGAUUGUAACAAAAGGAAAUCUAACUCAAAACUCGUCGACCAUUUGGUACAUGGCACUGACGUGGAUCCCAGAAGCUGCCGAAGUCGGAUCACAAGUAUUGUGUGCCGUGGCUAUUGACAGGAGACCACUGACUCGUCGUCGAAAACGAAAACAAGAAGAGAAAGACAAACUUAAGUAUUUGUUACGAAAUUCUGAAAAUUCAGAAUCAUCAACAGAAAGUACCUCCUGUCGAUCAGAAGAACCAAUCAGUAGUGAAAAAGUUAGUAUUCCAAUUAAAGAAUUGAUUCGUAUACCAAGCCGUAAUUACAUGCUUUAUAAACUAUUUGGUAAAACUAAAAAAGAACCACCGUCGAGAACUAAUGGUGGCAUUAGAGUGAUCACAGUUAAAAAUACAGAUAAAUCAAAAGCCAAAAAUGAAAAUGUUAAUAAUAGUUCGGUGCCUGAAAAUUCACAAACACAGGUCAUUGGAGCUAAAGCGUUGCAUAAUGAAUCGCUAAAAGCAGAUUUAUUGAAAACCACAAGAUCCGAUAGUAAUGGAGGUAUCAGUGUGAUAAAAGUUGAAAGUUCAAAAUCUUUGGGCGUACAAACUGCUGCCAAUGGCAACAAUCAAAACAGUGAGACGCGAAAAAAACGAUGUGAUACGAUUACUUCACAGGUUUCCACUAGUCGUGUUACAGUGAUCAACGUUAAUAAAAUGAACUCUUCCAAUCAGCAGACGGAUAAAUCCCGAGAACUGUCGGUUGGUAUCUCCGACGACAUAUCUUCGAAAGCUCCCGUUCGAAUUAGUAUCAUGAAAGAAAAAUGUAUGGAAUCCGUCAGUGAAUAUAUGACUCCUUCGAAACAGCCAGAUGGAACUCGUGAUACAUAUCAGAAUGACAAGCCUCGAGACUCGCACAUUAUGGCUGACGUUAAUUCUGCAAAUGAAGAUAAGACAGUGGGUUCACAUGAUACGAGAGCUCCGGGUCGAAUCAGUGUCGUUAAAGUAAAACGUACCAAAUCUAUUAGUAGUGUCCUUCCGUCGUCCAUGUCUUCUGCAUUUACUGGCGACUUUGAUUCUAACUACGAAAACCAACAAAAUCUCAGGAUCAUAAAUGCAUCAAAAAUCUUGAAAUCAGCCUUGAAGGAACGAGUAGGUAAUCGUUCUAUGAUUUCGAAACUUAGUGCUCACGGUGCUGUUGUUACAAAAUUACCCCGAUCAAAAUCAAUCAGCGAUCCACCGACUGAUAACAGUUGUUGA